GUUAAGGGACUGCUUAUCAUUUAGAACACUGUUAAGAGCAAAACUCCCUUCCUGUCUCUCAUACUCCCCAGAAGCCAAUAACAGUCUAGAGAACAAUCGAGAGAGCAUUAUGGGUGACUUCAAUGAAGUGUUGGACUACUCCUAUGUAGAUUACAAUGGCUCCUACCCCAACAACACGGAAUGGGAUUACAAGCUGGUGUCUGGGCUGGGGCCGCUGCAGUAUUUCAUCAUGGUGGUGUACAGCCUGAUAUUCAUUCUGGGGGUCCCAGGGAACGCUCUGGUCAUCUGGGUGACGGGCUUCAAGAUGAAGCGCAGUGUGAACACUGUCUGGUUCCUGAACUUGGCCUGCGCAGACCUGCUGUGCUGCCUGUCCCUGCCCCUCAUGAUCUCCUGGGUGGCUAAGGAUCACCACUGGUCCUUCGGAGCCCUGGCCUGCAAGCUGAUCCCAGGCCUCAUCCUGCUCAACAUGUUCUGCAGCAUCUUCCUCCUGGCGGUGAUCAGCGCAGACCGCUGCCUCCUGGUGGCCGCGCCGGUCUGGUGUCAGAACAUGAGGCGGCCAGCCAUUGCAGGCUGGGUGUGCGCGGCGGUGUGGGGGCUCUCGCUGCUGGCCACCGUUCCCUUUUUCGCCCACCGCAAGGAAGUGACUGAUGACAUCAGCUUCAAAAUCCUCUGCAAUCCCGACUACUCCACCUUGAAUGAGAACGCCAAGGCAGCUGAACUGGGGAUCACUGUGUACCGCUUCAUCGUUGGGUUCCUGGUCCCAUUCACUGUCAUAACCGGCUGUCACGUGUUUAUCCUGUCCCGGGUGAGCGGCGGGCAGAGGGCCAGCGGGAGGAAGUCUCAGAAGACCCGCCGUGUGAUCUGUGCCGUGGUGUUGACGUUCUUUACCUGCUGGCUCCCCUACAACAUCCUGGGGUUCAUCCAGGCUCUCACCCCCUCCGACUCUCCUCUGGUACCCCACAUUCUCACCGCUGAUCUCUUCUGCGUCUGCCUGGCCUACCUCAACAGCUGCCUCAACCCCCUGCUCUACGUCUGCGUCGGCCAGGAUUUUAAGGACCGCGUACGCAAGUCCCUGAAGAGCGUGAUGGAGAACGUCUUUGCGGAAGACUCCCCCCACAGUAACUCCAGCAUCUACAGCCGCUCCAACACCAAGUCCUCCAUUUCAGAGAAGGUGCAGCAUUCUGUGAUCUGAACAGUAGCAUUUUCAGACUUCCAUAACUUUCCAUAAAUCUUACCUGCUUUGUACUUCCAUUUGCUGCAUUGGUCUCAGAUGUGUGAUUUGAAAGAUUUUAUAGCAAAAUGUUUUUAAUAUAUAUAUAUAUAUAUAUUUCACAGGAUGUAAGUUACAAUUGCCCUUCCUGGGUCACUUCACAUUAACAGUGUCUUUUGGGUCCUGUUACUGGCUGACAGCUUGUCAGUCAGUAGGGGAAACAGCUGAUUGGUUAAUGACAGGCAAAACACUGUUAAAGGGGUGGAGAAAUUGGCCAAGGAAGUCCAGCACUAACUGAAAGCAGAGCUUGCAAAUAGAGAUUUUUUUUUUAAUCAAACGCAGCACCAGAUACCAUGUUUUUGAAAUGAAAAUACAUGUUUACAAUAAUAACCUAACAGCACUGCCACAGUCAAGAGACAAUACUGAAAAAUAUUUGUAAUCAUUAUUGUUUUGUACGUGUUUUAGUGAUAUUGAUUUUGUCAGAAUGUUUUAAUGGUCCAAUAAACUACAACUUCA